CCACAAGUGAAAAGGUAAAGGCCAACCGAUGUGGGCAGGUAAAGCAGCGCUGUAACCAAAAUGGCCUUAUCUUCUCUGCCACUGCUUUCACCUCUCAACACCACUGAUACUGAUUUCCAUCCCAAACUGCUCCAUUUCAAUUCACCAUCUUCAUCUUCUUCUUCUCACUUCCCAGUUAGAUUCCCAAUCUAUCACACUAGCCAUUCCCUUGCUAUCUCUGAGAAAUGGAGAGCAAAAGUUUCAUUUUUCCCUGCUUUUCUCAACAACAAACGCAAAGAUGCAAGUACCAUCAAGCAAGAACUUCUUGACGCCAUUGCACCGCUUGAUCGAGGUGCCGAUGCCACUCUCGAAGACCAGCAAACUAUUGAUCAGAUUGCACGCAAACUUGAAGCAGUUAAUCCAACAAAGAAUCCCUUAAAAUCUAAUCUACUGGAUGGAAAAUGGGAGCUUAUAUACACUACCUCACAGUCAAUCUUGCAGACCAAGAGGCCAAAGCUGUUGAGAUCAGUUACAAAUUACCAAGCCAUCAAUGCUGAUACUCUCAGAGCCCAAAAUAUGGAAUCUUGGCCAUUCUUCAACCAGGUGACAGCUGAUUUGACCCCUGUAAAUACAAGGAAAGUGGCUGUGAAGUUCGAUACUUUCAAAAUUGCGGGAUUUAUACCUGUUAAGGCACCUGAAACAGCUCGUGGUUCACUUGAAAUAACAUACUUGGAUGAAGAGCUGCGGGUAUCUAGAGGUGACAAAGGAAACUUGUUCAUCUUGAAAAUGGUGGAUCCCACUUACCGGGUUCCGGUAUGAUGUGUUGUUGGUAUUGAAAUGCAAUACUUGCGUUCAUCUUGUCAUUGUGUUCAAGGAAUUCAAAGUACUGCAACAGCUUCCUGAAGUUGGAAUACUAGCACUGUCUCAGUACUCAAGUUCAAGCUGACUUAGCAUGUUGGGACUAUGCUUUCUAUACAAAAAUCUCAGAUAAACUGAAAUAGUUUGCAUAUAGUAUAUAAUAUUACUCACUGUAAUUGGGUUUCCUAUGUUUUUUCCCUUUAAAUCUGUAUUAUGUGGAAAAUUCCAUUCUAGAGAAGUGGUAUGUGGAAAAUUCCAUUCUAGAGAAGUGGUUUUCAGAUACUUGAAAACCGAUAUGAAUGUAAUAAUGUAUUACCAGCUUUGGCUACGGUACAAAGACAAUGAAAAAAGUCUUUAACUUUGUGAGACCA